UAGGACAACCUUGGAAUGAGAAGGGUGCUGGAGUUGCGGGAUUUGGUAAGACCUUGUGCAGCGGGAUCGCGAGCAAGGAUCGUAUUCAGCCAAUUUUUCUGGUGCGGAAUUGCUGUGCAACGGUGUCGAUUUCUUCUGGAGAUAUGAAGUUUUGAGGUUGCUGCUGUGCGGAAGACGCUCGCAGUUCGGAGUGCGGAUAUGCAGACCUCGGUGUGUGAGAUUAGAAGCACGUCUAUUUUGAAUCUUGGCGAUUGCUGGUCUGAUUGUCUUAGCAAGGCGUGAUAUUGACUCCAUAAAACCCUCCGGCAUGUAGAAGCUUUUAUCUCCAAAAAAAUCCUCUGAAGGACGUCGGAGAGGUCUUAGUGAUGGAUGGAGCAGAUUCACAGGCGAUUGGAAGCAGCUCACAGCUUCCAUGUAAACCUGAGGCGAUUUUGAUAGACAAGGACGUUGGCAGAGAAGAUUUUGAAAAUUCUGAAUUCCAACGGGAUAAUUGUGAGGAUGGAGACAACAAAGUGGAGACUAAAACUGAGAGUGAAGACUAUGAGUAUAGAGUUGUAGCCGGUGUUACUUGCCUCGUCAAACGUGUUCGGACAAGCAGAAUCUUGGAAGGGGGACCGUUAAGUUGUCAAGUCUCAAGAAACAAUUCCAGUGACGUCACCACAGGAGAAUGUUCAACAAGCUUAAGAGUUGAUACUUUGACAAGUGAUGUACGGACUGACGAAGACACCUCACGGCUUCCACACGAUAGAAGGCUUUUUCGACUUGAGAGAAAUGAAGACGGUGUAGAAAGUGUUGAAACUUUUGAAGAUGCAAGUGUCGUGGUCAGACAGAAUGUGAUAUCAAAGGCGCCUGGCUAUGGGUUACUGUCAGAAGAUUUUGUCUGUGAAAUCAGCAAUGAGAAAGUUGGACCAUGUUCUCAAGACUCUUCGGCUCGGCCAACUUCUCAAUCACAACUUGGAGCUGCAGAAGUUUUCGAAGAAGACAAAGACGGUCAAGUAGUUUUCGAGAGGAACUUGAGCUUUGGAAAUCGAGAGAGCGACCCAGAGAUGGAUGAAAAUAUAUGGCAAUCUCUUCCUGAAGAUGUAGCGGAUAAAAUUUUGCUGUGGCUUCCCGUGGCAAGUUGUGCACGCUUCCGGCCUGUCUGUAAAAGGUGGCUUAAUUUGAUGAAAUCUGAAGGGUUCUUUCAGAUGCAUUCCCAGAAUGCUGCGCAUGAGACCUGGAUUCUCUCCUUUGCAGAUCGAUCGCCAGAUCUAAAACAUGAAGACAAGUACGAGGGACAAAUUUUUGACCCCGUUAGCAACAGAACAUUCAAACUUGAGUUCCCAAGUCUUCCUGAAGGCAGUGUACCUGUUGCCGCAGCUGGAGGUCUUGUAUGUUUCUGUCGUGACUUAAACGACAGCGGGGAAGAUGGCGUGUGUUUCUAUGUUUGUAACCCUAUAACAAAAGCGUGGAAGAUAAUACCAAGUCCAUGCUCACGAGUUUCUAUUGUAACUCUGGUUGUUGAUACUGAAGCGAGUUUUAUGAGCUACAAGCUUUACGUGGUUUGUGAGGCUUCAGAAGUUCGAUGGCUUUGGAUGGGAGUGCUUGACCACUCGACGAAGGAGUACGACUCCAAGUUGAACCGCUGGAUAGAUGUAGGAGAUGUUCACAGCAGUGAACAGUUCAGAGGUCAGAGUGUUUUUAAUCACGGAAAGGUCCACCUUCUAUCCUCGGAAUUCGUGCAUGCUCUUGAUGUACAAGAAGGCAACUGGAUGAUGAUGAGUGUACCUGCGUAUGCUUCGUGUGCAAGCCUUCUUGAGCGAGAAGGUCGACUUUUGGUGGUGGGUGACAUAGUAAAUCAUAACGUAUUUCAUCUUCCGGGCAUGAAAAGUUAUGUAGGAAUUGCGAUUUGGGAGUAUGAUCCGGUUUACAAAGACUGGAACGAAGUAACACGAAUGCCUGAGGCCAUGGUGGAAAAUUUCUCCUAUUCUUCGUUUUCUUGUGUUAUCGUAGGGGAUCUUGUAUACCUUUUUUCUAGGCGUUAUAUCACACCGCAAAUUGUUGUAUAUUCCUUUUCUCAGCAAUUGUGGUCUCAGGUAGCUGACUGGUGUGAGGGGAUUCCAUUCAAGGUGUUCACUUUCAAUCCAAGACUGGAUAGUUGCGCAUGAGUAAUUAGUCAGCUGUGAGGUCGUUUGGAGAUGCGGGGCAUUUAUGGAAAAAUUGUAAGAUUGAGAUUCAAUGAGCAUAUUUUUCUGCAGGCUCCAAUUGGCAUGUCUUUCUUUUGAGGUGGUAGAAGCCCUUUGGUUCUUCGUCUGGGCUAGGAAUGCCAGCCGGUGGUCACCCGCGUGGAUGGUUGUCUUCCUUUGUAUUAUCUGUAAAUUCAAUAUUGAGCAACUGCCUUGCUGUUUAAGGAU